AUGGCCGCCCGCCCAGUCAUCGAAUACUACUUCUCCUUCAUCUCCCUCUGGUCCUACAUCGGCAGCCGCCGCCUGCAAGCUCUCGCCAAACACCACAACGCCCAAAUCAUCUACAAACCCAUCAACCUCCUCCACAUCUUCUCCAUCUCAGGCGGUCUCCCCGUAAAGCAACGCCCCAUCCAACGCCAGGCCUACCGCCUGAUCGAGAUGGAGCGCUGGCGCCGCAUCCGGGACAUUCCCAUAGUGCAGGAGCCGAAAUUCUACCCGGCGGACCCGUCGCUGGCGCACAGAGUGCUGCUUGCCGCUAUUGGGGAGUCUGGGUAUGACAGUGAGGCGGUGCAUGAGUUUGCGCGGCGCGGGCUGGAGACGGUGUGGGCGAAUGAGGCGGAUAUUGCGGAUCCGGAGACUAUUGUGGCCGUGGCGGAUGCGAGUGGGCUGGAGGGCGGACGGCUGCUGGAGAGGGCGAGGGAGGAUAAGGGGCUGGUGGAGCAGGAGGCGGGAUUGACGCGGGAGGCGGAGGAGAGACUGUAUUUUGGGGCGCCGGUGUAUGUGUAUAGAGGAGAGCCGUUUUGGGGGCAGGAUCGGCUGGAGAUGCUGGAUGAUGUGCUGAGGAGCGGGAGAGAACCGAUUUCUAUCAAGUUGUGA